UUAGUCAUUUGGCAUGACGAUGACUUUCAAUCUCAACUAGUCUUAUCGUGGCUAUCCGGUUUUUGUUCACCCGACGAUAAAUUCUGGUAGUAUCAAGAAGAAGUACAGUUAGGAAGACUACAAUGUUUGCAAAUACGGUUACCAGUGCAACGGUGCCCGAUGGCUCUCCAACCGAAGUCCUCGGAACGCCUGCGACCGGGAUCGCAUCGGACAAUACUGGAUGCCUAGUGGCAGAGGCGCCAGUUGCUGACACGGGCUCGAUCCUCUGGACCGAGCGGGCGAUAUUUGAUCCCCGAUUAUACGCAGAGUUUCAAUACACAAGCCAAGUGCUUCGCGAGCCACUGAAAGAAACGAUCGGUCUGAAAAAUUUGCGGGCGAUCCACACGGACACGCUUUUGGAGAUCGUCUGCCGAGUCAUUUGCGAGUACUAACACCUCACUUUCUCUGUAAACUGACUCUUCCUUGCAUCACUUGUAGCAAUAUUUUUGACAGUUUUGACAACAAUAGAGCAAGAUGAGUUCUUCAUUUGUUAUUGAGCACCACUGUGUUUGUGUUUGAAUCAGGUACUCGGCUUCUACAAGAGCACCACGGCACGGGUCGUUCAGCACUACUGUAUCGAGCAAUCCGAUAGAUGCGAUCACCGACCACGAUCAGGACAUCAUUUCGACAGCGAGCGGAACAGCUUCGAGCGACAGCGCUACGAAUAGCAAUGCUAUUGCAGCAGGGGGCGCUGCGGUAGCUACAACAGGAGCCGUGUUAGCUGGAGUGUUCCCGGGUGCACAGGGUGACGUGUCAAGCGGCCAGCGUACCGUUGAGCAGGCGGGAUCAACACUGUUGGAGAUGACACGACUUGAUGAACAGUCGCAACCGCAAGCGCAACAAGAAGUUGCGGUUAGGUCUGGCGGCGGUCGGCCACCAGAGAAAGACGAAGCCAUGAGGAGGAUGCGGAAGCUACGAUGUUUGCGACAACAGCUCGACCGGAAUGUUCAUAUGGCCCGUUUCAAUGAGGCAGCUCAUUUUCCCGCCAUGAACGUAGGAGGAUCCCAAAGUAGCGGCGAUGAGUCUGCAG